CAAGCGCCUUGGCUGGUGGUGAUGGAAUCGCGAUGCCUAUGCGUUAUCGGAUCCGCCGUUAGUGCUUUGUGCACAGAAUUUGGAACAGAGACGAAAUCUCGCUCGAUAGCGGGUUCCGAUGUUAUGAAGCGGUAUCCACGUCUCUUGAGAGUCAGUGCAUUGGUAGCCAUAGGGAGUCUGCUAUCGCGGGCAGCAUUAUUUUCUGCGAGGGUGUCGUCUGAAAACCAUCUUACCGAUUGUCUAUGGGGGCCUGCAUCAGAGCAAGCUCUGCAUCACGUCAUGCCUGGGGGGACCAUGACGAUGAAAGGGCUCCCUCUUGUUUAAAUGGAGCAUUUCAAAAGUGAUCGAACAUGUUGGAAGCGACUGCAAGUUGCACAGCAAUUCGUGGAGCAUGAGAUGGCAACAUGGAUGUGCUAGAAGUAUAGCUUAUUGCGAGAAAAGAAGUAGAAAAGGUCCUGGCCUGAUUACUGGUGUCAUCGAGCUCUUGUCGCCAAAGCGUGAGCCUGAGGAAAUCGUUUGUGCUGUCGACUGCUCAGAUGGCUUUCUGCUGACCCAUAUUGGCUCGAGUGAGGGUGAUGUUGGGCCCUGCACUAUCAAGUCUGAGGUGGAGGAGGUCGACCAUGCAGCCGAGGGCUCGUGCGGCUCUUCACUGGUCGAAACACCAGCUACAGAAAAGCCACGGAAAACACAGAAAGUGGUGUCCAGGGGAUGUCAGGUCAGCAUAGCUACAGAAAAACCGCAGAAAAUGGUCUCCAAGGCAUGUCAGACGACCAGAACCACCAAGAAACGGAAAAAGGCUGCUUCGGAGGAUGAGGAAGAAGGCGAGGACAAUGUUAUCACCGAGCGUGUGGUGUUUUGCUGUGAGGAAUGCGGCGAAACAUUCCCGGUGGCCCAGCAGCUGCACAAGCAUCGGCAGACCACGCAUUGGCCGAAGCCAGAGGGCAAGCACCAAUGCUCUUACUGCGCCUACAGCAGCGACAACAGGAAUCACAUCACGCUGCACGAGCGGGUCCACACGGGCGAGAGCCCGUUCACGUGCAACGUCUGCAAGAAGGGCUUCUCCGGGGCCGGCGCUGUCAAGAGGCACAAGCGCAUACACACGAAUGAGAAAUCGUACGAGUGCGACCUGUGCGGCCAGUGCUUCAAUGUUCACUCCAACAUGAAGCGCCACCGUAAGAUGCACACAGGGGAUGCCGAGGUGCACACCUGCCCCGACUGCGGCAAGACAUUCGCUCAGAAGGCGCACCUCCAGUCGCACCUGCGCACGCAUACGGGCGAGCGGCCCUACCAGUGCAGCCAGUGCCACCAGCGCUUCACCGAGCUUGGCAGCGUGAGGAAGCACGAGCGCAUGAUGCACGCGGGCGAGUACCCGCACCACUGCCCGAACUGCGGCAAGGGCCUGGCGAACAACUUCAAACUGAAGAAGCACGUCCGUGCGUGCCGAGUUUGAGUGCGGUGGACGAGAAGGAGCAGACGACGCAGACGACGACGAAGAAAUGAAUGCGGUUGGAAAUGCACCAAGUGUUUAGCGAGGGGACGAAGUGCGGUGAAGCAGUGUCUGGCAUCAUAGGUGUGGCAGUGCAGUGCAAAAGAAAGACCGAGUCAGGCUCAGCUGUUGAGUGUUUGCAAGCUUGUGCUUUGACAGGGAUUUGACUGGCAGCUUCGAGCCGAAGGUCUUGGAACUCUGGACACUACGACUCUUGGGGCAGUGGGGCUUGUAGAAGCAAACUGCAUUUGAGGGACAGUUUUUGUGCCAACAAACAAACAAACAAAAAAAAACUGAUGUAACGUUUAUAGAAAGAUGGCAAUAUAGACUAAGGAUCAGAUCUGGGCCGACGGUCUUAAGGUUAGAGAAAGUGUCAUUUCUGGCCAAGAUAGCAUAGAGCAUGUAACGGUUUGCCUACAAGGGUAAACGAAUGAAGGCCAAAGGCAGGGAGAAAUAGUCCGAUGGCAGCAGAAGAUUUGAUAGAGCGAUGAGCUUGAUUGCAGAUUUUUGGUACAGGCCUGUAGUCCGGUUUCAAAUUAAAAAAGGUAUGAAAGGGAAAAUUGUCAUCUUGUCAUCCACACGAAGAAAGCCCGAGGAAAAAUUUUUCGCUCUGCCAUCUGAGUUAAGCAGGAAGCUAGCAGAUUGCAGCGCGAGGGCAAACUCAUUGACAACUCAAACUGCGAUCUGCUAACUUCCUGGCUAGCUCAGAUGGUAGAGCCUUAUAGCCUUCAUUUGUAGCCUUGUGCUCCAUUUGAAUGGAUGACAAUUUUUCCUUUAAUGACACUCACUCCACCUUGUAGGAUUCCGCCGAACUCAUUUGCCAUAAAAGGGACAGUAAAAUAGAAAUCUUUUAGUUAAGCUGCAUUGGCAAAUUACACUUCUGGAUCGUUCGAGUCUUCAAAGUACUAAGUGUAGUCUUUCUAAGCCAGAAAUGUGAAGAAUGAAACGCGGAAGUUUCUUGCAAGAUGUUAGCAAUAUCAUGCCAUAACUACAUCUGCUCCGUACUAAUCGCCGGACUAAACUUCAUGGUAGGUUGUAAGAGGCGCUGUUAUAAAGGGCAUUGGAUUAAUUUUGACCGCUUGCAGUCCGGUAACGUGCACCCAAAGCGCAGUACACAAGCCAUCUGUGCACACCACCCCCAUCAGAAUGUUACUGCCGCAGCUGAGAAUUGAACUUGCAACCUUGGCUCUGCAAUGGAACACCAUGGCUACUGAUUCGCCACAACAGGGGACACACAGAGGAACUUAGACAUCUAAAAAGAACCAAGCACAGUGUCUGAGUGUUGGAAGUCUGAAGCGUGGUGCUUGUGAAGCGGUGAGUCGGUUUGAAUGAGAGACUCAACAGCAUUGCUUCGACAACUGUUUUAAGCUCCCUGAUCAAAGAGUGCCGAUGAUUGAAACCUACCUUCCUUCGACUCUACUGCCGCCGUUUGCAACGCCAGGAAAUAGUUACCAUCUACAUCUGCAACUCCACUCCACUUCACUCUGUGCAAUCAUUCGACUUUGAAGGUCUGCAAAGUAAAUCGUAUUGAAACUCGGCACGAAACACUUCGCACUUUGUGAGCUUGUUCCAGAUAUGAACCUGAGGUGCUUUUUUUUUUUUUUUCGCCACUGCAUCCUUGUUGGCAGUCCUCGAUGUCCAGCAUGAAUGCUUUUGACCUGUGUGUGUGUGUGUGUGUGUGUGCGUGUUUGUGUGCGUGGGCUGCUUUAUUGCAGAAGUAGCUUGCAAACAUUUUGAAUGUGACUGCUAGUGUCUGCCCUAGACUGUCACUUGCCUGUGCAAGUAUUGGCAGCAGUGAGGCAUUGUACAAGCUUGAGGCUUCCCAUCUCGUAAUGGAAGCAUUGUAAUGAAUUUCUAUGAAGUCUCCUUGUAGUGCAUCGGAUUUGUUAUAAACUUUUUUUGUUCAUUGCAUGUUGAUCUUGAACAUUCGAGGCUAACUUUUGGCUACCUAAUGUUUGUUUCUCCUCCUUUUCCCGCACUUUCCGGAGUCCGACUAUGUCCGAAUGGAACUUUUUUUUUUUUUCUCCGCCAACUUGGGUCAUUGCGUAGUUCAUGGUCUAAUGGUUACAGGGUCCAUGCGGUCCUUGGAAAACGUUGAAAACAUGAAUUCUGAAAUCACGUUUUCAAGGCCUUGAAAGUCCUGGAAUUUUCGCAGGUCCUUGAAAAACCCUGGAAUUUUAAGGACAGGAGCACGCGCCUAUCUGCCCUCCUCGCACGCGUCCAUAGGCGGGUCAUGUGCCGUAUCUUGGAGGCAAUCUCUCCGCAGCAAGUGCAAAGGCCGAGCCGAGACGAUUGGUGCCUUGAUGUGCAUUGCGUUCCCUGCGCGUCUAGUGUUGGCGGUAGCAUACUCUCAUCUUUCAGAGGCACGGUGUGAAUCGUUCGCUCGCGUUGGGACAUUGUUCGUGGUCAUUGAAUGAGAUCUGUUCAUGUUUGCCUGUGUGCACGUGACACUGAUGAAACUAUGAAGCUUACUUUGUGUAGUUGCCUCUUUGCCUUGCCAUCGCCAACAAUGCUGACACCUUUCUCACGCAACUGUGACUUUUUUUUUUUUUUUUUGCUCAGGACAAACAUUUCUCGCUUUACACUUUUGUUUUUGAUUGGUGGGCACCAGCUGUGGGCACUAAGCAUGGUCAGCCAUGACAUCCAAGAUGUACGGCGCCGUGCGACACAACACAAGCAAAUCUCUGAUGCCGUGAGCCACGUCGAUGCCUUGCUCUCGGUGUGAUCUACACCGCACGCGCUUGCGCUCGUAAUCGCGCUAUUAUUGCCCGAACUUCUAGCAAUUUGAUUAUAAGUGCUUACUGACGAGAUACUAUCCACCAGGAAUGCGCUGGGAAUUUGUGAAGUUGUUUUUACUGUUGAAACUUAGAACCCAGAAUCAAGAAAAUUUGUAUU